CAACUGCAACGCGCGCGCGCGCUCGCACACACGCACGCAGACAAGUCGUUUCGCAUUUGGUUUUUUUUUUUUUUUGCGUUUUUGUGUUUUCUCCGCCGUCGCCGUGUGUAUUUCUCUUUUCAGAGACCGUUCAGUCGUCGAACGUCGCGCGUUAUACGCGGUUAUAACAAUCGUCUUACCGUAUCGUAUACGUACCUAUAUAUUAUUAUUAUAUAUAUACACGCUCGUGUUAUAUAAAACGGAAAUACAUUUCGUUUUGUCGAUUUUAUUUUUUAUUUUUUUUUUUUAUCUGUUCCCCUCUUCCCCCUCCCCCUUCUGCCCGCCAACAGGUGGUGUACGUCUAUUAUUAUUAGUAUAAACUAUUUCUCUCUCUCUCUCUCUCUCUUUCUCUCGAUCUCUCUCACUCUCCGUCGAGAAUAAUAAAAAUAAAAAAAAAAACCGUGAAAAUAAUAGUGUCGCGAAUUUGUCGGUGACGUCACGAGCUACAUAGGCGUGGAAAACAGCCGCAGACCGUUGUUUCGACGGUAGCACUAAUCCAGUGCAGUCGUUUGUCCGUCGCCGGAUGCUGCACCCGUGAACUCUUCGCUCCGCAGACGGAAUAAUAAUACCUAUACAUACCUAGGCACUCGACUUAUACACACACACACACACACACACACAUAUAUAAUCCAUCAUAACAUUGCGGGACAGCGCGUUGUUAUUAUGUUCGUUUCAACAUUGCGGCUCGUCCUCAAGGUACGUAUAUUCAUCCAAGAAAAACCGUCAUAUUACCUACUAUAUGCUGCGUUGUAUUUUACUACUUACGCCGCAAUAUUGUACGAACGAUAUUAUGUCGUAGGUACAGGAACCCCCCAGUGGUACACGCAUCACGUCGCGGUGUAAUAUUAUUUUGUACGCUGUACGUAUUAUAUACGUAUAUAGCACAUAGCUAUAGAAUCGUGGCUGUAUAUUAUAACGCCGGAGUGUAAUAUUUUUGUGUUUAAUUUUUUUUAUUAUUAUUUUUUUUUUUUCACGACAUCGUUUAGACAUUGUCUAACAUCUAAUUAUUGGCACCUAUUCUAAUAUAAUAAUAUAUAAUUUAUGUAUAAUAUAGGUAUAUUUGACUUAGGUAAGAGUAUAUAGAAUCGAUCGCCGCUGGUUUCAGUCGGGAAUCCGUAUUAAAACAAUAUUAUUACCUAUAUUUUUUUAAAUAUAAUAUGUGUUAGAAUAGGUAUCGUACGGCGUAAUAUUACCUAGAUUAUAAAAAUAUUCGUUUUGUGUCAAUGAACUAAAUACGGGUAGAUAUAUACGUCUGCAGCAGUAUUAUUAUAGGUACCUAUGCUACAGCGGCUAUUAGGAGAUUGCAACAUAAAAUAAUAUAAUAUUCCUUUCACCGCCAAGACCAGCGAAAUAUCACAGAUACCUACAAAAUUAUACACCUCUUAGUCACCGUCGUAUCUACUUAGGUACCUGUAUUACAAGUAUACCUACGGAGUAAAUAUAAUAAUCGAAAUCGCCCGUCCGCCGUCCAUAAUAUUUAUCCGCGAUGCCGAAAUCGGUCAAAUAUCGCAAUGCAAUAUGCACGGGGAACAGCUGUGGCACGCCGCGCCACAAGUUCGUCCGGAGACUUUAACGGUACCUGCCUGAAUGCCAGCGAAUAUUUCUCGUCGAGUUUUCCGACCGAUUUGUUUACUGUAAUGAUUUAUCUUGCAAUUGACCUCAUCUUUCAGAAUAAUGACUACGUUGUCUAUAUCAAAGUCGCCUCUUGGCUUUUUCCUAUAUAUUCCGUGUUAUAAGGUUUUUCGUAUACAUUUACAUUUCUAGACGCAUGGUUUUCUCCGUGUAUAAUGGAUAAUAAUUAAUAAUAUUUAAAAUAGGCGCAAUAAUUUACUAAUUUGAAUUAAAGCCCGGUUCCUCCUUCCUCUUUCACCGUCUAAAAUCAAUCUAUAAGCUUUGUUGGUAACUAUGACACACAUGGAACCGUAUAAAUCAAGUCAAAUAAAAAUCGGGGUGCCAUACUGAUAAUUUAAACAACAUCCUUGAAAAGUCAUCCCUGCUUUCGCCAAUUUUUAAAUUUCCUUUAUGCUGAUUUAAUAUUCAAAUAUUGUAAAACGUGAACAAAAAAAAAAAAAAAAAAAACAUAAUAACACUAGGUAUAUUAUACAGGUUUAGGGUCGGCACUUUGUAUUGCUUGUCAUUCGGGGACAGUGGGAGAAGCUAGGGCUCCCUAAAGUCUCAUUUUAACAAACUACCCGCUAGUUGCACCACUAGCUAGCGCGGUUUUAUCGUUGGAUUAUGUAAAAUAUGUACAAAUAAACAAAGAGUCGCGACAAUAUUAUAAUAAUUUACAUACGUUAUUUAUGCAAAACGUGAUGUUGGACCUAAUAGCACAGAUCGCGCGGUGAAUAAUAUUAUAUAUAAUCGUGAUUAUUUUUUAUUUUUUUUAAUUAAUAAUAAAUAUACCUAUACAUAUACAUUAUAUUAUUAUAUCGUAAUCGUCGUCGUCGCCGUGUGUACGUGUACAGUGUACCUAUAUACCUAUAAUAUUAUAUACUCGCAUUCAUGUUGCAGGCGACGCGUAUUAUAAUAAUACCCAAUAAUAAUAAUAAUAAUAAUAAUAAUAAUAAUAAUAAAAUAAUAAUAAUAUAUAUAGUGAAAAACGUUCUGGAAUGUCAAAACGAUCCGCCGCGCGUUAGGUGUGGCAUUUUGAUGACCUUCGGUAUCCAUUAUUAUAUUAUUUUGUUAUUCAUAUAGGUAUCUAUAUAUCCUGUACCUAUAAUAUACGCACUCGUUCAUUCCGAGCCGUAUAAUGUACAGGUAUCUAAUAAUAUGUGAGCGUACAUGAUAAUAAUAUAAUAAUCGUAUAUAGACUAUGGUCUGUGACCCGCAGUUGUUACCAUCAUCAUGCCUAUCUAUAUAAUAAUAAUUAUACAAACAGAGCUAGAUCUGUUGGAGCUAGUGUGGUGGAUUGAUCCACUGUUUUAGGAGGAAAGUUGGAAGCAAAAGGAUAUAUUAUAUAGUAAUUAUAAGUAUCUGUAUACGCAACGAUUAACUAUUGCGAACGAAAAACGAUUCUGAGCAGCGUAUUUUUCUCCUAAUUUUCAAGGAAAAUCAGUAGUUUAUAUCUCACUUACACACAAACUAGAUCAAUAAGGCUAUACAAAAAAGUUCCUAUAGAGUCUUAAUCGGAGCACAAUUUUUGGUAGAAAUGUUGUUUACAGACAUAUAAAAAAAAAAUCACACAUAAAUGUAAAACCAAUACAUUCCUCGCUUCAUUGAGAAUCUAAAAGCAAUAUGAAGGCAGAGGUCCCGUGGGAAAUAAUUAGCUUACUGGGGUGGCGAUAAAAUAAUUAUUACCUUUAUAGGCGCAUUUUUCAUCAAGCCGGUGCUGAACAGUUGUCCAGAGGCGGAUUAACGGGUAAUAAUUUUGUAUUUCGGAUCAAAGAUUAAAUAGAAAUUAGAAUACAAUUUUAAAAAAUUUCGCAAGUCACACGUCGUAAAUAACAGACCAAAAAAAAAUAAUAAUAAUAAUAAGACCAAAGUGGAGAUAUCUCUUUAAUCUCCACCUUGAAAAUAUAGCUAUAUUUAUAAUAUAUGAUACGAUAUUAUAAUAUUAUGCACUAAUCGAUUCGAAUAUUAUAGCUAUAGGCUAUAGGUAAAUAAACCGCCUCUACAUACCUACCUAACGAUAGUUCGCGUUGAACGUGUAUACAUAUAUAUAUAUAUGUAGUAAGUUAUAUGUAUUUAGAUUGGUAUAUACGAGUUCAUUAUCAUAUUUCGUCCAGUAUGUCGAGGAUAAAUGGAAAUGUUUACCAAACGGCAACCUGCUAUAACACUAUGUCAAAUAAUAGUAGUGCGAUGCAGUUUAGUAGUAAAGUUGUAGAUUCUAAGGUUCCCAUACACACAAUAUACAGGGUGUUUCAAAAUGAUCCAUCCGAUUUUAGUAGAUUACACGUAAAUAUUGUUCCUGUAAUUUGUGGUAAACAGAGCACCGACAAUUUGAAAUGGUGAGGUUAUCGAGUUUUUAUCGGUUACCGAUAAGUUGCGAUAAAGUGCACUUUAGCCGAGUGACGUGAUUUAAUUAUUCAUUAUCGAAAUGUCGACCGAGCAACAAAAAGAGUUUUAUAUGUUCCGUUUCGAAAAGCGCGAAUCUUACCGGACCUUAAAAUCUAUGAUUUUUGCUUUGGGGUUACAUAAAAAGCAAUAUUUAUGUACCUCUCCUUCCAAAAGAUCUUGAUGAAUUUAAAAGUUGCAUUUCAGACGCCAUCAACUUGAUUAUAAUCAACAUGCCUCAACAGGUUUAUGAGAAAUUUUAAUAUCGCUUAGAUGUGUGUCGUGCAAGUAAGGGAGGUCAUAUUAAACAUUCGCAAAUAUGUCUAAAACUUAAUGCAAUCGACUAACUUGUAAAGCUUAUUAACCUAACCUGAUUAUUAAAAUUACAAUAAUAUAAUUUUUUGAAAUUAGAUGAAUUAUUUUGAAACGCACAGUAAUAUGAUUAUAUUAUACAGUGAAUACUAUAUUAGAUAUCUCAGGACUCUAAUUGGUUUGUUGAAUUAAUCAGUUAAUUAAAUCACAACUAAUAAAAAAUAAAACACAAAUAUUUACUUUCGUUUUUAGGUUCUGAGCGUAGCGAGGAAUGUGUGAUUGGUUUAACUAUAAUGAUGUGUGCUUUUUUAUUUUUUAUUUAUAUUUAUUUAUUUUUGUUUCUGUAAACCGUUUUUGUUGUAUUUUCGGAUUUUUAUUUUUUACGAACACCUAUAUUCCGUUUUUCGUCAAAAUUUGAACUUAAAACGUUUAAAAAUAAACAACUGCAUUACGCUCAACUUAUUAUUAUUAUUUUUUUUUAACACUAUACUAUAACGUACAAAUACAAUGCACUUUGUGUUAAAUUUUUAAGUAUUUCUGUAAAGUAAAAUUAUUUUAUCUAUUUUCUUACACAUACUAAAACAUAAAAACAAAAAAAAAUUUUAAAUGCCAAAUACCUAUAAAUAACUCAAAAAUUGUUACAAUAUUUUUAAAAUGUUUCAAUGUUUAGAAAAGGUUACCAUAAAUAUUCUGUGAAAGGUUUUCACGAUUAUUUUUAACAGAUUUUACAACAAGAAAACUAUAGCGAAAAUUAUGGAACCAAUAAUGCCAUAAGUUUUUCCCACGUUUUUUCCUAAUUAUGAAGAAAACCCCACGGGACAUAAAAUACAAAAUUUUCUUAUUCUUAGAGUAGAGAACAUUUGAUAUCAGAAAAUAUGCUGCUCUUGAAAUUUGGAGGACAAUUUUUUGUAGAAAACAAAAAUCGAAAACAUUUAAAAUUUAAAAUUUUGUUUACUUUUCCUUUACGUUUGUUUUUCGGUUUUUUUCAAUUAUUAAGAAAACUGCUCAGAAAAUCAAAAAAAUGACUUAAUGUAUCAACUAAAUGCAUCAAAAAAGGUUUCUUGUCAUCUUUUGGUUGAACUACGAUUUCUAGUAGAAAAGUGAUGUACAGACGAACAAAAAAUAGUAUAACCAAUACAUUUCUCGCUAUGAUCUACCUAACCAAAAUAAAAUUUGCAUACAUAUGUCUUAUAUGUAUAAACUAUCUUCAUUGAUAUUAAAAUCAUAAAAUGUACAUCUUAAUAUUCAAUUGGUAAUAUUAACUAUGUAUAUAUUUUUAAUAUCAUUUGUGUUUAGUCGACAUAUUUGUACUUAGUUUUGUUUUUUUAUAUAGAUCGAAAACUUAACUAUAUAAUAUAGUGAUGCAUAUUUGUAUAAUACAAAUGUAUUAUUUCGUAUAUACAUGAUAUUAUACACGCUGUACAGAAUUAUUUUUUACAAUAGUGUAAAAUUUGUAUAGAAUUUUUUUUCGUUACCUAAGUGAUCAAUCUGUUUCUUCGUACUUUAUUAACAAUUUUUAUAUGCAUUUUUCCUUAGAUUUUUUUUAAAAUUUGAUAUCAAUAUGAAUAUAUUAAAAUGAAUAAAGGUUGAGUUUGUUCAUGUUUUAUCUAUGUUUCGUAUGUAAUUUAAAAUUUGUAUACAUUUUGUAAAUAAAAUAUCUUUUACAUGAUUUUGAUUUUUAUACUGUACAAAAUAUGUAUUGUAUAAUAUAAUAUAAUACAGUAUAAUAAGAAAACUGAUAACAAUACACUUUAAUAUACGUAUAAUAUGGCUCGUAAUACAGAAAAAAAUAAAAUACCGUAUUUUUAAAUAGUUAAUAGUCAUUAAUAUAAAUAAACAUUCAUACCAUUCACUGGUGUGAAAAAAAAAAUGUUGUUUUCAUUUUUAAUAAUCCAAAUAUCAUUUUUCAUCUUUUAUAUGUUUGAUAUAUGUCCUAUUAGUUUUAAAAUUAUAUGUUAUAAUAUUAUUAUUUUGAAUUUCUUAAAUAAUAAUAAUCUUUAAUUUCGUCAUUGGUAAUUUGAUACGAUUUAAAACCAAUAUGACUAAUAUAACUGCAUAUAGAUGUUGUUAAACUUUUAAAAUAUAUCGGUACUUAUUUUGUAAAAUUAUUACUUAUAUGAAUAAUGAAAGUAAACACUUCAACAGGAACGCCAGAUCGUUAUUUGUUUUGAAGAAAUAACCUAAAAUACAUAUUAUUUCGAAAAAAAACAUUGUGUACACCUUCAGUGACCUCCUCAGUGGGAGGGGGAGGGAUUGAUAAGCAGUGGCUGUUCGUCAGAUUAGACUUGCCUCAUCGAAAAUGUUUCGAUAUGGUAGGUACAGUAAAAUAAACUUUAUCUUAUUAUAAAUGCUAUUUUUUAAAAUCUUAAAAUUAAUUUCGCUCAAAAUAUAUUAUUGAUGGCCGUUGGGUUUCAAAAACAUUUGUAUAGAUACUUACCAAGUAAAUAUUUUCAAAUUUUUAAAAUAAUUACUGAUUAUUCAAAGCCUAAAAUCAACAGUUAAUGACAAUAACAGCAGCUCAUUUUAUAUUUCUGAUAUUACCUACACGUAUAUUUGUUUCUUUAUGUAUUUACCGCUCUCUCCCCUUAUAGGUAUAUUUAAAAUACCUGCCUCACUUGAUAUGUUCGUGAGCCGCCACUCUGGUUAAGGGGGCUUCAACCUAAUCUCUUUCCUAUUGGCCGUGUUAAAAGAUAAACAAAUAAUGCAUUUAAUUAUUAAGCAGCAAAAACUUAUUUCUAAUAAAAUAACAAUCAUUGCACAUUUGCACUACUUAUAGUCAACUAAAUAAAAAUCAUUAUUGUAAAAUAAUUUUUAAAACAAAUAUAGGUGUAUUUACCUGCGUUAUUAUAUGUGUAUACCUACAUUUAAUUCAAUAUGUUUACCCCACUUUCAUUAAAAAAUCUUGGAUACACUAAUACUACUACCUACCGGCUUAUAACAAAAAUUAAUUUUUUUAUGAUGCCACGCGUCAAUUAUACUACUUACAAUUAUUAUUGUUGUAGUCGACGUCACUGUUUAAGUAAACCGACGACGUACGAAGGUACAUAUUCGUAGUAACGUGGAAAAUAAUAUUGCAUUAGUCAUUUUUCGAUACGUUCUCACAAAAAUAUUAUGACGUGGUUUUUAUGUUUUUUUUUUUUUUUCGGUAGGUAAGGGCCAAUGGUAAAUCUGAAUAGGAUGAACCACCGUGUUGUAAUAUAACAUAUUCAAAAUAUUUAUUAUAAUAUAUUCAUCGAGAUCUGGGUGUUCUGUUGUUCAUUUUGUCUCACCAUCGUCACGCGUCAGUAUAAUGGAUAUACUGUAUUAUGUAUUAGAAAAUUAUUAUUUUAAAUUUGAACGUGAUGACACAGCUAGCAGAUGAUAUAGUAUUUGAAAACCGACUCUAAAUAAUGCACUGUUCAAUCGUUAGAUAGGUACCUACUUAUAUUUUGUUCUCAUUGAUUUUUCAAUUCGUUUGUAACAUGUUGUUCAUAUAGUUCAUAUAGUGUCGUAAAAUGAUCGAGGUAAUAAUAAUUAUCCUUGACGUUGAAAACAAUUUUCACUAAUUUAGGUAGGCACAAAAAAGAAACUCAUCGUUAUCACUUAUCACUUCAUAAAGCUUAUUACCUGCAUUGGUGUCAAAAUCUAAAAUAGGAAUUUAAUAUCUAUUAAUACACGUGAUGAAAAUAAUAUUGCAUUUGAAUAUUUCAAACGGGAAAUAAAUGCCAUUACAAAUUAUUUAAGUAGGUAUUUUAAAUAACGUGUGAUGCUCAUUACAAUAUAAAAAUAAUAGGUAUCAAAUAAAAUUUUUUUUUGUUGUGAAUGUAUGCUAACUUUAUUUUUCAUUUUUAUUAAUGUUAUUAUAAAAUCUGCGAACCGAAUAGUCGGUUCUUGGACGAUGCGUCGGAAUAAUUCGAUAAGAAACACUUUUACGAUAACGAUUUCUCUUCGAGAUUCUAGUAGUAACUCGCCUGAUAUAAUAUGUAUUACAAUAUACGACUCGUCGUCAAUAUUAUUUAUUCAUAACUUUCAAUUCAUGUAUAAUAAUUUAUUCACCGAAUACCUACCGACUAAAAUAUGCUGCGCUAAUAUUUCCGUUCGUAUGUUCUCCUUCUAAUUAUACACCUAGGUAUAGUAUACCUAUAUAAUGAAGAUAAAUUCACAACAAAUUAAAGCACCGACAUAAUAGGUACGUCUACAUACGACUUAAAAUAUUUUAGUACUAGAAAUUAGAAAUUAUUAGUUGUAUAUCUACUUUAUACAAGUAGAUAUAUUAUGAAUAGUAUUAAUUCAUACAUGCCAGAGCUGUAGGCCUGUAGUCAUGUCUUGGAAAGACUGGCUGUGACCAAGAACGCAUCUCGAAAAACAGGCGUAAAAUCCAUAAUUUAUAAAUUUAUACAUAAUAGAAACCAAUACAAUUUUAAUGGAAAUGAAUAGUGCCACAGUGGUAGGUUAGCUAUUUGGCUAUAAGAGCGGAUAUUUUUGUGUGGCCAAAGACCCUGGAAAACCUUAUUGUUACGGCUUUGAUGGAUACACACGAGUACUCCACUGUUUAAAAACAAAUUUUUAAAUUCAAGUUACUCGCACAAAUUUUUAAUUUAAUUUUUUCUAUUUCCGUCGUUUCAAAACGUAUAGCCUACAUAGCCUACAGGUACCUACUCGAUUGCAUGCUAUGAAAUAAUAAUGACCUCUGGUUUGAUAUAUGACCGCAAGGGAAUUUGUUGGCAUCGUAUCUUGGAAAAAAUAUUAUUAUAAUGACUUAAGAUAGUGUUGUACAUAGUUGCGACGUAGGUAUUCCUAUAAUUUCCGAUAAAAUGUAAUAUUAUAUGGUGGUAUAUUUUACUAACAUUCCUAUGAGUUUUAAAAAUUAUGCGUGUGUGCAUAUUAAAUAAUUUCGAUAAUGAUUUGUUUGAUAUUUAAAAAUGAAGUUACCUUUUUAAAAGGUAUUCACAGGCAUCAUAACAAAUAACAAAUGAACUUUUGAAAAAAAAAAUAACGAAAUAAAGGGUUUCGAGAAAAAAAUAUAAUUUUAAAAUUAUUUUUCACAAAUUCGUUCACAUACUCUAGACUCUAGAGCAAGGAUGGAUCUAAGAUUAUUUUAAGGGGAGUGCAUUUAUCUGGUAUAACUGGUACAACUGUAUAAGUGAUUAUUAUACAAAUUCACUUUUUCUAUGAUAAUUAACAAACAAUUUUUACAAAACAAAUUUGUUUUAUUUAGUUUUUUAUUUGUAUUAUUACUUAUACAAAUUUAUAAAAAUAUAUUUAUAAUCUGUAAUUUGAAUUACAACAAGCUAAUAUUAUAACGAAAAGUACGGAAAGAAAGACUUGAUAAGCCACCCUUUGUUUAGUUGCAAAUUUGAUCAAAAUUUAUUCAUCUGAAUAUUUCUUACUGAAAGAAGGUCAACAUUAUUAUUAAACAAAGCCUGAGUAAAGCCAGAAUAGAAUUCUUAUCGUAUACUAAUUUAUGUUACUAUGCAAUUAUAUUCAUAAACUCGUAGUACGUGUACAAUUAAUAUAAUAUACCUACCUAAUUGAAUGUAAAAAAUGGCGUUUAGAAAUAUUUAAUUUGUAUGUAUAUAUAUGUACUUUAAAAAAAAUCCAUUUAAAAAAAAAAAUUAAAAAUUAAAAUGCAUUUUGCAUGAAUUUGCAUUCAUGCGAUAGGUAAGAUACCAUUUUACUGAAAACAAAGUCGCAUAUUUUUAAAACUAUUAUUGUAUUCAAUAUUCAUGACAUAACCUCAGUACUCCCGUUAUAUUUUUAUGUUUCAUCAAUCGAUAUUCUGAUACGUGUUGAAAUGGGCUAUUUUAAAUUUGCACGUGACAAAUACAAAGUAAGUAGAUGAACUACCCAUCUAUAAUACCUCGGUAAUUAAUUCGUUAGGUAAAAAUUACAGUAUUACACUGUUAUUUUAAUAUGUACAUUCCAUUAAAAGAAAUAGCUAUGCGUGUCGAAUUUGAGGGUCCGGGGAAAGGAUAAUAUAUAGACCAGUCCCUAUAGUUUUGUUGUUGUUUAGUGCCAUAAUGUUUAGGCCGCACAUAAAUAUCAUAUAAGCAUAUAUAUAUAAGUGCAUUGCAUUAAGUAGUAUAAUAUAUUGCAUAUCAAACCCCUUUACGGGAGGGGGGUGAUUGGGGUUCAGCCCUCUCCCUCCCACAACAUUUUUAAAAGAUGUAUAUUUUUAUAAUAUAACAAAGACUAACUAUAUUAUAGUUCAUGUAUUAAAAAUAUUUUCAAACUCACAGUCAAAAAAAAAUUGACCCUGCAUACGUGCUUGCUGCAUUUUAUACUUACAUACUACAUAUAAAUAGGUACUAGUAUAUAAUACUUAUUACUUAUUACUCAUUCAUAAUAAAUUAUCUAAUUGUUAUGCCUGUAGAAUGUUAGGUGCAUAGGUAGCGAUAUCAUAUUUUGUCUUUUCUUUUUAAUAUUUAUUUUCAACUGAGUAGGUACCAUUAGCAAUAACUGUAUUGUUUUCAUCAGGGUUGUAAAUUAAUAGAUACGCUACCUUAUGAGUAAUUUGUAAAAAAGUAUAAUUUUCUUGCUUUUUAAAAUACGAGUAUAAUCAUAUUAAUUUCUUACUAAGAUAAUUAUUAUACUAUCGGCUUAAAUUAAUUUGAAGUAGAAAUAGACUACUUGAACGAUUAUUUAAUAUAUUUCUACCUAAUUUUGAUGAACAAUUAACUAGAACUUACCAAUGGCCCACCGACUGUUGCCUCACUAAAUUACUUUACUAGACCACAAUUGAAUUAAAAAUAUUAUUCAAAAUGCUAUACUGUGAUUUUAUUUAAAAUGACGCCUAAGCGCACAUUAUAUUAUGUUAGGUUGACAAAUACUAUUGAAUAAUAAUAAUAUUAUAGAGGUAAAAUAAAAAUAGUCGAAAUGGUGAUAUUUUGAUCCGUAGAGACUUGGAUGUGCUUAAAAAUGUUUAUUUUAUACAAAAUAAAUCAAAAAUUCAAAAUUGCUCGUUACCAAAUAGUCCAACGAAAAUUAAAGUUAAAAAUAUUCGUACACAGUGAAUAAACAGGAGUCGCAAACUUAAAAAUUUAAUAUUCUCGUAAUUUUUCACUAUUCUCGCUCUAUCUUAAGACCCUCCAAUAAUUAUAUAAUUAUAGUACCAAUAUCGUUGGUAAAAUAUUUAAAUUAAAAUAAUACUGUAAUGGAAUAAAAAUACAUAUAUUAUAUUAUAAUUUUUGUAACACAUUACAUAAUAUUAUAUCUUUAUACAUCAUGCAUACCUACCUAAAUAAUGUAUAAGGAUAGAUUACUAUAAUGUAAUUAAAUUUGCAUAAUUAUGGCCAAAAACAAAUAUAGUGGAUAUCUAAUAAGUAUUAAUAUUAUAAGUAGGUAUACUAGGUAUAUACAAUUGAUAUACAUUAUAGGUAUAUAUAUAUAGAUGUACCUAUAUACUAUUUAUUAUAUUUUAACCUCGAUUUUUAUUUCCAAACACGUUUAGUUAUUUUAGUAAUAUAAAAUAUAAAAACAGUUACUAUUGAAAUACUUAUGAAAACGAAAUGAAAAUAGUAUUUAAAAAUACGACAUAAUUUAGAUAUAUAUCAUUGUAUAGGAGGUGAUUGAAUUAAAAUCUGUUGAAAUUUACAUUUUUACUAUAAAAUCAUUAUAAUACGUUAUGUAUAUGUUUUUUGAAUUAUAUUUAUCGCAGAAAAAUGUGUACAUAAAUGUCUAUAGAUUGUUUUGAUAGAUUAUAGAUAAAAAAAAAUACGUAUAAUAUACAGCGAUUCGCGUUCAUAAAAAGUAUUCACUGAAUGAACGUAGGUACCUAUAUAUAAUAUUUGUAGACAUUCAGCAUGCGUAUACAGGCCGACCGGUUAUAAUAUUUUGUAUAAAUAUAGGUGUAUUAUACGUGUAUAGUAUACACUUUUAGAUAUUAUAUUAAUAUGUUAUCCCGAGUUUAGAGUCGAAUCGUGUCAAGCAUAGCUACAUUCCGGAUGGGUGACGAUACUAAAUGGCAUGCCAAUCGCGCGCACAUUCUCUCGGAUAUUAAUAUGAUACAGCCAGACUAAACGCAUUACUGCUAAUGGAAGUCGAGAUAUUAGAAUAAUAUAAAAUAGCUUAUAGACGUCUGAGCAAAAAAUAAAAAAGUUUAUAAUAUUAUAUCGACCGAAUCUUAUACAAGUUUUAGUCCUCCGGAACUAUAAACAUAUAUACGAGUAUGUAUUUAAAACCAAGACGUAAAACCGUGUUACAGUACACUAAUAAUAUAUUAAAGAAAGUGAAAGAAACAGAAAUAAUAACAUAGUUUUAUUAUAUUGUUGUUAAAUAUUUAAUUGUUGUUAAUGUAACGAAUUUGUUUCGAACAAUAAACGAGGCCGUCUGAACCGUGUAAAGUCGCGCGAAAGUAGUUUCCCCGAGUGGCACGCAGUGAUGGUUUCAUAUAAUAUUAGACGGAGGUGAAAAAAUUAAUAAAGUUCUAAAUUAAAUUAAGUCCUAUUUUAAAGUUGUGUUAAUUUGUGGUUAUUUAUGUAAACAAUAUCUUUUCGCACAUAUUACGAACUUGCCACAUAAUACCACAAUUUCUUGUUUUUCAUUGUUUUGUUUUGUAUUUUUUAUUUUAUAUCAAAUAAAAAUAAUAAUUUUUUAUUAUUAUUAACAACUUGUUUAUUGUAACCGUUUUUUUAUUAUACAGACAGAACUGGGAAAGUUGACCAUUUUUUUAAACUAAAAAAACUAAGUUAAAGUUGAUUUUAAAACUAAAAUAUUAAGUAACUAGUUUGAGUCCCAAAUUUUAAAAAAAAAAUAAUAACUUUAAUCAAGUACAUUUUUUUUUGUGAUUACCCGUAGCAACACAAUAUUUUUGUAGAAGUAUAAUGUAAAUCGCGAAAAAAACAUAGUAAAAAUGGAAAAAUGUAUGAACACGUAUAAAAGAAACUUCUCUUCGAAUCGUUUUUCGGUAGCAAUGGUUUAUAAUUGCCUACAGAUACAAAUUAAUUUCUCCUCUAUAUCCUACCUUCUAAACUUCUCAUCUAUCCUACGUGCAAAGUAUGUCAGUCUUUUAAACUAUACUACUGCAUAGUUAAAAAAUAAUAAAUAAAAAAAUAUUGUUCUUUUAAACAUAUCGGAAAAAUCACAUUAUCGUAAAUUAAUAUUAGAAAAACAGUUUACGAUAUCUAAACGUCUGCUUGGUAUUGCGAUAUUAAUAAGUAGGUGUAUCUACUACUUAUUAAUAAGCUUAUAUUAUAAUCUAAGUAUAAGUAAUUUUCAAAAACGUUUUUUUUUUUAACCAAUUUAAUAUUAUAUGUACUAUGAAAUCGAAAAAAUUCCCUUUCUAUAAACUAUGACCGGUGUUAAAUUUUCCAUUUAUAAGUAGACCAUGUUUUUAUACAUAAACCGUUUGCUGAAUAUUCACUGUCCCAAAAAUAUUAUUCGAGAAAACUAACCUUUCUCCACUCACAAUCUAAAGUAAGAUGAUAUUCGUUUAAUAAUAUUUAUUUUUUAUUGUUUUGUUUUUAUUUUUUUUACAAAAAACCUGUGAUUACAUAUAUAUUAAAAGUUUUGAUUUAUAGUUAGGUUAGGUCAGGUUUUUAGUCGUCGCGACGACUAUAGUAUAACCCAUAUUUAGACUCUAAUAAUUGAAUACAAAUCGUCUUGACCCAAAUUUAAAAAUUGUAUUCUCGUUUUAUGUAAGUAUAAUAUAAUUUUAUUUCGAUAAAUAUUUUAACAUGAAUUUUUCCACAACAUAUAUUUAUUUUUGUUUAAAAAUGUCGAUUUACGUUGUUCUGUUAUUGGACCUUUUGAUUUCGGUUUACUAAUCCAAUAACUAUACUUAAUUUUCUGAAUUUUCUAAAAUUUCUGAAUAAAUGUGUAUAAAAAACUAACAUUUUAGAAGUCUUGUUUUCAUGAUGGGUUUUCUGAAAGUUAGGUUAGGCUUAAUUAGUUCGCGAAAAUGUCUCUCAAUUUUCGGUAAAUAUAUUCCCCCUUCGAAGUAUUUUCUACUUUUACUACUAAAGGUAGGAAUAAAAUAGAGUAUUUAAUUUAUAUCUGUAUGCAACGAUUACAAUAAACGAAAUAGGAUUCUGAGCGAAAUUCAGUUGCAGGUACAUGUUUUGAAAUGCUGUUUUUUUAUGAUUUCUGUCAAAAUUUGAACUUAAACAGAUUAUUAAAAUAAACUGUUACAUUAUAUUAUUUUUUACCACCAAGUACCUACAACUUAUAAUGAACAUCGUUUACACAUUUAAAACAUUGCUGAUCGGCCAAACCAAUAUCCAUACCGAUUAUUGUAAUUAAAUAAUUAAGUUUUUUAUAUUUAUAGAUGACUUUUAUAAGUGUAAAAAAAUAAUAUCGAUGCCAAAUCGAUACGUUAUUAUAUAUUUUAAGGACUGAUUUAUUUCAAUUUAAAGUAAAAUUGAUUAUUAUAAAUUUUGAAUUACUUAUAGCUUUUUACAAAAUACAAUAUACAUACCGGUUUAUUUAUGUGUUUUUUUUCGACGCGAUAUAAAUAAUUAUUUUAGUUUGAUAAUAGUGUAAGAUGAAUUUUUUCCAUCAGAAUUCUCAACUAUUAUAAUAUAUUAUCUAUAUAUUAGUAGUUUUAUGUUAUAUUUAAUGUAACAAACUUAUAAAAUAUAGUGUUGCAAAAAUCGUUCUUAUUCUAAAUAUAAUUGUGUUGUUAAUAUUAAAUUAUGUAUUAUGAUUUAUUGCGUAGUCUUAUGAAUAAUGAUUUUGAUGAGUGUCACCAGUCUGGACAUAACAUAUUCAAAAUCAUUACUAUAGAUAAACUACUAAAAAUAUUCAAUUUUUAAACACCUAUAGAUUAUUGUCUAAAUACUGGCUAAACACUAAACACUAGGUAGUAUAGGUAUACACACUACACGUAAUUGUUUUCUUAGAUAGCAUAUGGAAUGCAUUAUAAUUAAUGUGGAUCCAGAGGGUGGGCCGGGUGGACCAGGGCCCACCCAACAUUUUCAACGACAAUUUAUUAUGAUGUUCAGUAUUAUUAUACAAAUUACUAUUUACAAUUAUUAUUUAUUAAGAUUUUACAUUUAUUUAAAACAACAAUAUUUUGUCUAUAGUAAUCUUACACUGAAAGUAACAAGAGUACAAUAUAGUACAUACCGAUACUUCCUAUAGUAAAAUGCAAAUUUCCCUGUGAUUAACAUAUUUAUAUCAAAUUAUCGAUCGUCAUUUUAUCAAACGCCGAUAAAAUGUCAAUAAGAAAUAGUGAGUAUACGCAGACCGGACACCACCGUUUUCAUAUCCAAAUAAAUUGUUAAUUGACACACGCGUGUAAUAUUAUUGCGUCUAUUGUCAAUUUCUGAAACUUUAUUCACGUUAUGUUUUAAUAAUUUAAAUUUGGUUGGUAAAACGGAAAAUGUAAAAAAUAUAGGUAUUAGUUAAAAAUAUUACGGCCCUUUUUUUCCUGUUUACAACUUUACUACUAACAACUUUGCUCCAAUUUAAAAUGAUAGCAUUUUUGAAAAGUAUAUUUGACUAGGGAGAUUUAUAUUUUUUUUUGAAAACAUGCAUUUCACUAGUGAGGUACUUUAUAGAGGUCAUUUUUCGAUCUUAUCAGAAGUUUUCUCAACAAAUGUGAAUACCGAAAAAAACUGAGGAAAACGGGAUCCAUUAUUUUAAUUGUGGAAUUGGAAAAAUUGGAAUUAUACUAAAAUAUGGCAUACGCAUUGUUGACAAAAUAGCACUAUACACUGAACUCCACUCGAAGUCGUUUUUUCGUUAACAAUGGUUUAUCGUUGCUUACAAGAGUACAUUAAAUUACAUAUAGCAGUGGCUGCACCUGACCCCAUUAACCUAGGACGUCUUUUUGGGAUUAAAUUUAUGGACCCAUCUAAACAAAUAUUCUUGGAUCCGUGUCUGCAUUAUAAAUCUUCAUAUUAUCUUUCGGAGAAUAAAAUAUUUAAUUAUUAUUUUCAUUAGGUAUUUGAAUAUGUAAUGAUGUAUUGAAUUUUAAAUUAAAGUUCGUUUAUUUGUAAUAAAAAACUUUUUAUGUUUCAGAGUUAGAUGUUGCCUCAGUUAAUUGUUUUAAGAAAUGCCUGGAUUGAAAGAUAUGUCGAUGCAACAGCCAGGAAAUAAUAACAAAAGGUAUGUAUAUUUUGUGAUGUUAUAUAUUUUUCAGUAUUUAUAAUAGUAUAACCGUCUAGGUUUUUUGAUUUGAGCAAUUAAAAAUUAUUUAUAGCGCAGUUCGAUUUCUCAUAUUACAACGAAUAUGUCAGUAAAUAAUUUCUCCAUAAUAAUAUCCAUGGAUUUCAAAAUCAUUUAAUAUAGGUAACCUAACCUAUACUGUACACCACCAAUAGGUUUAAAUCUAUUCAAAUAAAAAAAUAAAUAAAUAAAUUUAAUUAUUCUAAAAUGUACACGAUUAUACCUAUAUGGAAUACACAGAUUUUAAAUUUUAUAGAUUUUUAUCAGAAAUAUUAUUAAAGAGAAAAUAUAAGAAAUUUUUGAAAUCAAUUUCAUAUUGUUUUAACUUAUAAAAUGACCAUCGUCAGGUAAAUGUAAGUAUUAUCGCCCGGCAAAUUUCACUGGGGGAAUUCAAUUUACCUGUUAUACACCGGUCUGAUUAUUGAGAAUAACCGAAUAUCGUAAGAAAAAACUACGUAUUAUCAUUAUUUCAUAUAGAUACCAUCCAUAGAUUAUAUAUCAAUGCACCGCCUGAAUAACCUGAAGUAGGUAUACCUUUACUCAAAAAAUAUUGUAUUAAUUAUUAUAGUUUAUUACUAUCAUAUUAGGAAAAUACAUAUUUGAUAGUAUACCAUAAGUUGAUAUGUCAUACAUUUUAUACUAUAUAUUGCAUGUUUACAUUAUCAUUGAUAGUUCACUUUUUUUUUAAAAAAAGUCUAUAUAUUGUACUAUUAAAUCGCAAAAAGUUUAUCACCUACCUAUGUGAUUAGUCAUACGUUUACAUAGACAAACGCACAAACUAGCUUAUAAUACGAUCUUAAUAGGUUGAUAAUUGAAUGAGCAUUAGCAUAUGGCGACAAAUAAUGCAUUUAGAAAUUAAAAAUCAACGUAGUUUCGUAAAUAAAUAGUAUACAAAUACAUCCAUUGAAAUCGCUAUGUUUACAGCCUAUUACAAACAAAAAUUAACGAUAGGUAGCGCUCCCACGUGUUUAGACGAUAAAUUAACUAUAGCUGGUACCCACCGUCUUGUUAUUUUACGUUUUAUAUUCAUACUCAACUGCAGUCACGAACCCUUCAAAUUUUCUUUGUUCGUUAGUGUAAAUAAAACUAUUUUAUAUGGCUUUUAUUGACAAAUUAUAAAGUGUAAUCAGUAAAUCGUUCAAGUUUACCGGUUUAGAUUUUGUGAUUAUUUCAUUAUUGUGUCUUUGAAAGUAAAAUCGUGUUUCAAGAGUUCAGCAAGUAUUUUUUCUCAUUUUUCUUUUCAUAGAGGUACUUCGUUAAGUAAUCGUUCUGAUUUCGAUGACAUAUUAUUAAAACCUAUAUAGGUAGGUACAUAUUUUUCGGGUGGGUGAACUAGUAAUAAUUAUUUUUGAAUCGUAUAGCCGUAUAUGGUUUACCCAAACGAUAUACAUCAUACAUUAAUACAAUUUUUUUUUUUUAAAUUUGUCUCAAUUAUACAAACAUUUUAAUUUUAGAGACUUUAACGAAAAACCAAUAAUGCCGUAUCAUCGAAACAGUGUCAAUUCAAAUGGAUAUUCCACGGGUAUCUAUAAUAAGCGUCUAUAUCAAUUAAGAAUUUUAAUUAAUUAUUAAUAUUUUUAAUUUUAAGACGGUGGCCAACAAAGUGCCGCUGGCGAGGAGAGGAAUGGUGACGAUAACAAUUCGGCCCCAACCUAUGUGAUUGAACAUUUAGCCACAUUUACGGUUUCAAAAAGCACCGGUAUAGUUUACCCUGCUGAUGGAAUGAGAAGACUCUUGUAUUUAGAAAAAUCUAACGGUAUUUGGUCGCAAAAAAUGCAACUGCGUCUCGAUCAGUCUUGGGUAUUGAUAAUGGAUUACGAAACUGGUGUAAGUGAAAAUGGUUUUAUGUUCACUGUGUGUCUAAAACUAUACGAUAUUAAUAUUGUGUUAUUAAACAUAAAAUAAAAUGUAUUGUUUUUAAUAUGAUAUUGAUAUUAUAUUUCUUGUUAGGUUGUGAUGGAACGAUUUCCGAUUUCUUUAGUAAAAGAACCAACUGCGUUUACUAGCAACGAUCCUAUGGAAAUUUACAACAAUAUUCUAGUGUUUGUCGUUGGUCAAGUCGAUUCACGGUCCGAAAUGCACAUUUUUCAAGUAUUUACCUAUUUAAAAUAAAUUUAAUAUAUAUUACCGGUACCUUACAAUAGGUAACCAAUAGGUACGGUAAUCGGGGAAAACAAAAACAAUAAUUUAUGGUACCGAGGUAAUAAAACAGAGAACAUCCUUCAAAAAUGGGUAAUUACAUAUUCACAAAACAAAACUAAGUACUUACCUAGGUAUCGAUAACUAAUUAGUUUGUUGCGGCUUUAGUGAAUCUAUUUAAAGAAAAUGUGAAUUUACAAAAAUACUAUAUUUACAUUUUUUUAAAUUUCAUAUUAUUACAACAAUAAUAUACAUAAAUAUUUAAUACUUAUAAUUCAAGUUUUUAUUACUAUAUUAUCCGCAUAUUGUAUUAUUUUAAUUAUCUUAUGGGGAAUACAAUAAAGCCUAUGAUUGAAAUUGUUAUGUUUGUGUUCGUGUGAAUAUGAAAAUUAAAAUAACAAUGCAUAAUAUGUUUUAGUGUCAAAGCGUACCAGCACAAGAAUUAGUUGAGGACUUGAAGCUCCUGAGAUCUGGCAAAGGAAUUAACAGAAAGUCUAGACAUGUACCGCCACCUCCUCCGACGCCACCGCCGAAUCCUCCUUUGAAUGGUGUAAGCGUACGAGAACAAGUAUCUGUUUUCAAUGCUGUUGCUCAUCGUGAGUAUUUUUUGUUUUUUCACGAUGAAUGCAAACAUUUUGUAAUUGAGAUAAUUUAAAAUAUUAAUAUUAAUUUAAUAUAACGUUGGAUUGGAUUUCAAAUUUAUAUUUCAUUGUCCAAGUUUAAAAUAAAAAUAAAAAUAGGUUGAUUACAACGUUAUUGUAUUAAGGUUUUCAUGUUUCUACUAGUAAUUAAAUUGUAAAAAUUAUAAGUUUAAAGAAUAUUUAAAAAAAUUGCAAGUUGUUUUUAAUAGGUAUCUAGUUAAUUAUAUUCAAUAUUUUAGACUCUGACAAUACCACUCGAGUGGACGACGAAACAAGUUCAACAUCUAGUGAAAAAUACGAAAGAGAUGUUAUUGUACUGAAUCACUGUUUCGACGACAUUGAGAAAUUCAUUGCCAGAUUACAGCAUGCAGCCGCAGCAUCUCGAGAACUGGAACGCCGAAGGAGGUAAUUUUAAAAUUAUUAAACUAUAGCCAGAAUUUGUAUAAGUUUUAGUAUAAGAUUUAAAAAAAAACUAUAUUCAGAAUAUAUAUUCCAAUAUUUCAAAAAGCAUUUGAAUAUUUUUUUCUUUAGCUAAUUUAUGUCAGUUUCAAAACAAUAGUUCUGCAUUUAACGUUUUAUAGCUAAAAAUAUGUUAAAUAAAUUGAUUACUGAGUAGUAUAAGUAGUAUAACUAAUCAAAUAUUAUGUAGGCCAAUUUAUUAUUAAACUUCGAUUAAACAUAACAACUAAAUACCACGUUCAUAAUUUAUUCUGUGGCCGUAAAAAUCGAUUACCUAUUCAAAAUUUAGAUUAAAAAUUAUUAUUUGUUUCAGAAAAAAAGUAUUAUAGUGAAUAAAAAUAUACAAAAAACAAUAUUCAGUAUACACGUAUAUUGAUAUACUUUUUCCGAAGAGUAUUUAACAUAGUAUUAUUCUAGUAUAAAAAAAGUAUUACAUUUUUUUUUUUUUUUUUUUAAUACAUUUAUUCAAAUACUUUAUAAAACUGCGGCCGACUUCCCUUGUGUGCAGUUUUGUAACGUAAUAUAAUCAAUAAUAUGUGUGAUCAGGUCGUGCAUUCGAUUAUGAGUGAGUAAAAAACGUGGUACAUCUAAGUAUAAUGAAGAACUUUUCUCCCCCUCCUCUCCAAUCAAAAAUUAAAGAACAGGAAACGUGAGAACACUCGGGGGAAUAUUUGAAACAACUCUGUGAAAAAAAAAAUGAAUAAAGGAGGAUAAAUUAUUAUUUAAGUUAUAUAUAUAUUGACAGUAUUUAAUAUUGGUAUUUAAAUAGGAACCGUAAAUCUAAGAAGAAGGACAUUGGUGACGGAAUGCUGACGAUGCGAGCUAAACCUCCUCCAGAAAUCGAAUUUGUCGAUAUUUUUCAAAAAUUCAAACUUUCAUUUAAUCUCUUGGUAAAGAUAUUAUAUUUUUAGGAAAAAAUAAAAACCAAUAUAAAAUCGUCUCUUUUAAUAUUUAAUUAAUAUUAUUAUUUUGAUAUUCAUAUAGGCGAAAUUAAAAGCUCACAUACACGAUCCCAAUGCUCCAGAACUCGUGCAUUUCUUGUUCACUCCAUUAGCGUUGAUUGUUGAUGCGUCUCACGAUACGCACUAUAAACCAAACAUUCCAUCCAGAGUUGUGUCACCAUUACUUACAAGGGACGCAAUUAAUCUCUUGAUGAACUGUGUGACCAGUAAAGAAACAGAACUAUGGCAUUCGCUAGGAGACGCAUGGCUUAUUCCAAGGUAGGUGUUUUUUUUAAAGGUGUUUUUACUUAUAUUAAAACUUUUGAUGGAUUAAACUCGUAGGUUAUAAUAUAUAACAUUAAAUAUUGUACGCGUACUUAUUAUAAAAAUUAAAGCUUAUUCGAAUAACACAUCAUUAUUUUACAGGGAGCAAUGGAAAGGCUAUGUGGCUCCUUACCAUCCAAUAUUUAUGGACGGCUGGUCGCCAGAGUAUCCUAUUCCAGUCUCUGAUGAACAUCCGUCCAACGUACCAACUCCGGGUGUAACGGAAUCCAAGAAAUCGAGAGACGAGAUAAAAAUUUCGAACCCCGAGGUAAUAAACCCCGUAAAACUUUGUGUUAUGAAUUCGCGGAUUUUAAGAAAAAUAAAAAUACAUUUUAUCUUUUUAAUUUUGUUUUAGGGAGAGAUACGAGAUACAUUAUAUCAUCAUCGGGAUCGAGAGCAUACCGGAGUGGGCGACGACAGCAGUGAUUAUUUCGAAUACGAACAUGAGCAAUCGGCUAUGAUGGGCAUUCGACCACAAUACACGUUCAAUAGCGGUGGUAACUAUUCUGGACAUCAUCAAGAACAAUUUGGGACGGAUGAUAGGUAAUAAACGUGAAACAUUGUCGGCUUCGUAAUAAAAAGUGUAACUAACAGUUGCAAUACUGCAGACAACUCUUUGUGAGGAUUUUUUUUAAAUAUUUAAAUUGUUUUAGGAUUUUGUUGAUAACUUUAUCAUUUUAUAUAUUAGGUAUUAUGUUCUAAUAUUAUACCUAUUAUAUAUUUCAUACUACAGGCGCAAAUAAUCCAAAUAUUUUAGAGGGGCUAACACCCCAUAAUAUUGAUUAUAUAUAUAUAUAUAUAUCUACUUAAUAUUUUGAUAUGGUCUUGAUUUAGGGGGGGGGGGUUAGCUGUUUUUUUUUGGUGACUGGGUUAGUCCCUCUAUUCGCGUUUAUAGAUGUAAACAUUUAAAAAAUAUGUAAACAGGAAUAUAUUUUUUUUUUUUUAUCAACGCAAUUUCUUAAAAACAUUACACUUAUAUACCUGUAGAAAACUGCGUUUUUCAACAUAUAUUUAUGAGCAAUUUUUAUUUUUUAAAUCAUAAUUUUUCAGAGAUGAUUCACACAGUUUAGAGAACGAGGAAGAGCCAGAUUUCAAUACGUUGUCACUGCACAGUCCACCGAGAAUGGAUAAAGAACGAGAUAUGGCGGCACGCAGCGAUAUAUCUGCCGAUUCAAUUGAGCGAAACAAUGUCAGUGGUCCGGGUAGUGAGCGGUUUGAAAGGGCUCAAACUAGAUGGUUAGAAGAUAUGCGUGCCCGUGGCGUGAAAAUAGUCCAAGUCACGUAUCCAAGGACGGCCAAUAAUGACAAGGAACUUUCUGUCGUCCGGGGCGAAUUGUUAGAAGUGAGUCACAUCUAUUAUAUGAUAUAUACAUCAUAACGGUAAACAAUAAACCGCGGUAGUUAUUUUAACUAGGUAUUAUUUAGAUGUACAAUAAAUAAAUAUUUGUAAAACAUAACUUAGAUACCUUUAUUUAGGUAUAUUAGUCUGACGACCCAUUUCAAAAGGCCGGCUAGUGUAAUAGGAAUAGCCAACCAACAUUUCCGACUAAGUGGAUAGGAUUACAUAUAUGGGUAUAAAUAUUGACAGUCUCUUCGUUCCAUUUUCGAAAUCUAAGGAGGCGUAUUGUAAGUGGCGGAGGCACCGGGUGCCAAAUAAGCUCUCAAAGUUUCGUCAAAACUCGCACAAUCAUUUUUCCAAUUUGUCUUCGAAAUUAAGAUUUCAUAUACUUUUAAUAAAUAAUAAAUUAAUAUGACAUGCACUUAAUAAAAAUUAAAAAUUUUUUUUUUUUUUUGAAAAAAUUAAAUUUAUUGACAUGAAAUAAUUAAAAUACAAAUAAAAAUGAGGAAAAAUAAUGUGGCACAGAACUUGAGAAAUUGAGGAAAGAAAUAGAGAUGAUAAAAAUUCGUAAAUAUGGCACACGCAAAUACUAAUAAUCGAAUAAAUCAAAGAUUAAAUCACAAUGGAAACAAUAAUUAUAACACUGAUAGAUUCAACCAAAACAGGUAUAAUAAUUAUAACGCAAUUAGAUUCAAUCGAAAUAGAAAUUAUAACUGUAAUCAAAAAAAUCAACGUGAUAAUUUUAAUAAAGAUAAUUUUUUUUUUUUACAUUUUUAUAAUGUUUCACACUUGUUUGUUUAAAAUUCGCAAAAAAAGUUAGAAAGUUGUAGAGAUUUCUGGUACUAGAUAUUAUGGUGAACCUUGUUUCAAAAAAUUGUUGUGAAUUUUCAUGGAAUCAAAUUGAUUUUAUCUACAUAAAACUAAAAAUAAAUAAAUUAAAAUUAUUUAAAUAGUUAUAAAUAACUCGAAGUACGUUUGACUAUUUUAAAAACUGUGCCACAUCUAGAAAGUAAGAACACAAAUAGGUGAACAUUUCAGACUUUUACGAUUAUUUUUACCUACUUAAUUAAAACUAAAACAAUAUAAACAAAAUUGAAAUUAACAGUAACUGCUGUUAUCAUUAAUAUUUUCGUUUUCUUCGUGGAUUUUUUCCCGGUUUUUCUCAAUAUAAUUGUACAAAUACAAAAAAAGAAAUAACAUUAUGGGGUUGGAAGCGACGAGUUUUUGUUUUACAUACGUGAGAUAUAGGGAUUUAGAUGUGUUUUAUUUCCAACUUACCGAUUGAUCUAGUGAAACGAUAAGAAUUCUGAAAGCAGAUUUGAAUAUGUCGUAAAGUCUACUUGAGAUCGAUUUUCUCAGUUUUUUGAUUUUAACUUUACAAAAAAUUAAAAUAUUCAUGCGUCAAUUUCUAUAGCUAAUAGUUAACAGUUUGAAUUAAAUAGUGUAAUUAUUAUAGCUACUGAUGUAAAGGUCCAUACAACAAAUGGCCUACCUAUAUAAUAUUAUACUGUUGCAUGACUGAUAAUGUUAACCGGAUACUUAUCUAUACAUUUUGUAGAUAUUGGACGAUAGCAGAAAAUGGUGGAAAGCUCGAAACAACCGUGCGCAGGUGGCUCACGUACCCCACACCAUUGUAACGCCGUUUAAUCCCAUGUUGGAUUCGAACGAUAUAUUUACGAAUCCAGUAUACGCCAAAGGUUACGACAAGAGAUCGGGUUCGCAGUCGCAAAAUUAUUCACUGCAAGUAAGUUAUAUAACUAUUAGGCACCUAAUAUACUGGACAAUUCACAAUAAUAAUAUAAAUACUGCAGAACGAAUACGUUUAAAUUUGUCAUUUAUAGGUAUAGACUAUAUUAUCUCCACAGUAACUGUAGGUAGUAAUUUCCCAAAUUUGUUUAAUUUAGGAAAAUAGGUAUAUUUAGCGUUUAGUAAAUGGAAUUUGAAUUUUUUAGUAUUCUAUCUGUAAAAGAAAUAUCAAUUGGCGUAAUUAGGGCGUUUCUUUGGGGAGCAAUGUGAAUAUUUAUUUAUUUAUUUCAAUUUAAUUUUAAAUAAAUAGACGCCCGGAGGGGCGUAUUUACGAACUCUAACUGACCUGGGGCACAAGUGCCCGAAAUCAAUGAGCAAACAUUUUUCAUGUUUAAAAGCUAAAGUUUUGUUUGGUAAAUAUUUAAAGAAUAAACCCGUCUCAUCUGCAUUAAAAAUAUUUUUGGAUAGAAUUUUUCAAUAAAUUUUGGUAAAACAUUUAAUUUCCAAGUAUCACAAUUGUUUUCUAGAACAUUAGCACUCUAGCCACAAAUAACUUUAAACACAAUGUUAUGUCUCGACUUAAAUUUAUCUAACCACCCAGAGCUAACACGAAAGUCCACAAAACCAAGUUUCAGAGAAAAAUAAAUUGCUUUUUCUCCAAUUAACGUACCUGAUAUUCUAAGAUUAUUAUUUUAUAUACAAGUCAUCCACUUAAAAAUAGCUUUGUCAACUUUUUCAUAAACACAUACUUUCAUUCGUUUUAUAUUGCCCAUGAGAGAAGAUUCUUGCACUUGUUUUACUGUUUUUGCGAUUUUUCAAUAUGGUCGGACUAAAGCGAACUUGUCGGAAUGCUAUAUUUUUCGGCAAUAUCUGUUUUCUUAACUCCUUUAUUGAUUUCAUUUAAAAUUUCAAUUUUAUCGAUAAUCAACAAACAUUUACGUUUAGAUGCAUUACAUUUUUUAAUUUUCAAUCUUACCAUCGUCGGAUUCUCGUUUAUUGUUUUAUUUUUAGAAGAAUGUUGGCAAAUAUAUUUUAUAUGGUAUGUACAUUUUUUUUAAAUUUGGGUGAGUUUUAUGCACAAUCCAAUUUGUUUUUGUUUUCUCCGAAAAUGAUUUGACCCAUGAAUCACAUUUAUGGCUAAAUGCUUCAUUAUUUCCAAUUUGUGUUUUUAUGGAUACCACAUAAUUUUCUUCAUCAUGGAAUUUAAAACUGUCCACAUUGACCGUCUAAUGCACCUAAUAUUGAAUUUAAAUAAUUUAUAUUCGAUAUAUUAUUUAAUAAAUAUAUUAAUAAAAAAAAAAAUCGCAUAUACUGCUGUCACAAAAGUUGUAAGUAAACUGAAGUUAUCAUUGACACCAAGAUUUGAUAAAUUAAGACAGUGCAAUGUACAUAAUAGGUAUACAGAGUGUCUUAUAAUGUUUUGUCUAAUGCAAUAUUAAAUAUUUAUAAUUAUAAUUUAUUUUCAUAUAAUUCAUAUUAUAGAAUAUAAAUUAUAAAUAAAAUCAUUUAUAUGUAUAUUGAAAAUACAAUGGCUAUUGCCCCAAAUAGGUUAUGGUCUGUAGUAGCGAUGCGUUUACAAACUGAUUUCACACACUCGUGACCCAGCUCAGUUAGGGUCUGUAAAUACGCAUUGGUAUACAUAGUACAGAACAUACAGUGAACAUAAGUAGGUAAAGGUGCAUCACUAAGAAGAGUUGAAGAGAAGUAUCAUCCUGUAGAUUGGGUAAUUGUGGUCCAUGUAAGAUGAGUCGGAAUGGAAGAGGGAAUGGUUUCUGGAAGAGUGAACAGGAAUUCUGAAUGAGAUAUGCGCAAGCUGAUCAAGGGUCUUAAGACUACUUUUGAAAAAGGAGAUGAAAAGACGGUCUGCAUUAACACAACAAGAAGUGGAAAAAAUUAAAUGUAUCAAGAAAAACUCAUGACUAUAAUAAUGUAUACAAUAUCACGCAAUUUGAUUAACAUAAAACAUUAACAAUAAACAAACAAAUAUUCAUUAUGUGGCAUGUUUUAUACUUGAUAUUUUACAUUCUGUAUUGGAUAUAACAAGUUAUUACAAAAAUUGAGAAAAGGUCUGGGUUCUAGAAUCUAGAUCUCUUAGGGAGAAGGGGUGAUAUAUCAUCCAUACCGCUUACUACACUGGGCAAAUCCGUGAUUAAUGUACCUUAUUAUGUAUACAAUACAAGUAAGUAGGUACCUAAUACCUGUAUAAUUAUUAUUUUUAAAUAGGAAUCUAUAAAAAGUGAAUUUGUGGACCAAAGCAUGAGUUCUGAUCCGUCCAGAAAUGGUUCUGUACCACCACCAGUUCCAGCGCCUGCUGAUUGGGUACGAAAGGAACGAAUUGGCAAAAAAGGAGAGUUUCGUUACUUUUAAUUUUUUUUUCUAAAGAAAAAAAAAUAAACUAAUUUAAAUGAAGUUUCAUUGACAAUAAUAAUGUAUUAUUAUUUAUUUUUAAGAAGUGUCUUUUUUUGUUUUUACUUACUUAUUUUGUUAUCAAAUUUGUGAAUAUUAUCUAUAUAUCAAAUAUAAUUUAUAAUGUGCAUUAAUUUUAGACGUUUUAAUGAAGUUAUAAAACGUCUGAUUUGAGAUGGUUUAUUUUAUUAUUUUUAAAUUAAUUAUUAUUACUCUUUUGUUUAAUUAAUUUAUAAAACAAAUUUCCCAUUUUUAUAGGUAUCUUUAUAGGUUAUCUACCUAGUAAAAUAAAUUGUUUUGACAUUCGGGUCUUAAAAUUAAACAAUUAAAUGUUAAUAGGUAAUGAAUAUUUAAAAUAGUUUUUAUAAUUUUGGUAAAACCAAAAGAGUAAGGCAAUCAUAUUGUUAGUGGUUAAUUUUGUGUACUUAGAAAAAUAUUUAUAAUCAUUGUAAAAAGACAUUAACUUGUGAUUUAUUGUCUUAUUAGAAUAAUCAAUGUAAAUAUUAGGUAAAUAUUAUACAGUUGUUGUCAUUUUUUAUUAUAUAUAGGUAUAUAUUAUAUAUUAUGUUUAGCUAGAGUAUAUUUUUAUAAUAUUAAUUUAAUUGAAUAUUCAAUAAUUAAAUGACAUUUUAUGAUACAAUUUUUACUAUGCAGUUUGAAAUAAUAUAUCAUCUAAACAAAAAAAUAUAUAUAGAUUUACAUUAAUUAUUUUAUAAAACAAUUCUGUAAAAUGGGUACCUUAAUAGUUAGAUAUAUCAUUAUUUUUAUGUUUAAUUUUUCCUUUCAAUUUACAAUUCAUCAUUUAAAAUUUUAAUAUGUACAUAUUAUUUAGUAUAUAGGCACUUCAAAUUUAACACUUUUAACUCAAUUGAAAGAUUUAUAUAAAAUAAAAGAUAUUAAUCAUUUAUAUAAUAUUUAAUUAGGUAGGUAGAUAAUGCAUUUUAAGAAAAAUAUAUUAUUAUUAUCUGCAUCCAUCAAUAUAUUAUAAUUAGUAAAAUAUAUUGUUAUAUAACGAAUAGUAAAUUAAAUUAAAUUGUUUGACUUAGUUAUAGAAUCUAAAUUAGAGGUAGGUAUAUAUGUAUAUCUAUUUACAUCAAGAUAAGUAAUAUUAUAAUAAUAUCAUAAAAUUGUAACUACUUAUUAACAUUUUACUAGCUAAUUGUAUUGUUAUUAUUAUGUAAACC